CAGCGAGGGAAGCAGCAGCAGACGCUGGGCUGGGCUGACAUUCAGCUCAGAGAGGGGAGGGUGGGAGAACAGGGUAUGGUCUCUCACGGGGCUCCCAAGCAAGUCACAGAAGCAUCACAAACCAGGGACUUCCAUCCACCAUGCUGCUGCUGAUUCUGGUGGCGCAAUUGGUUAUGCCCAUUCCUGGGAGAAGCUGGAGUUUCUGGACAGCACAAGAGACUACGGAUGAUAGUUUUUCCUGGUAUUACUCUUCAAAGACCGUGGGGGAGAGGCUAGACGAGCACAUCAAGACCGUAGACAGGCAUCUGGACAAGCACAUUGGGACCUUAGGCACAUGGGUCGACCAACACCUCUGGAGCCUCAACAAAUGGGUGCAGGAGCACAUGGGCACCCCAGACAAGUGGGUGGAUGAGCAUACAGAGGACCUGCUUGGUUGGCUGGAUGAGCACGUUGGGGCCCUCGACAAGUGGUUGGACAGACACGUUUGGACCCUGAACACAUGGCACGAGGAGUACAUUGAGGCUCUUGACAAGAGGCUAGGUGAGAACGCUCAAGAGAGGUGCCAGAAAGACCACACGGCAAACAUAGUGAUGUGGCUGGACCACAACAACAGAACCCUACACGCGUGGCUGGAUGAGAAUGUCAUGAUCCUCUACAAGUUGCUGGAGGAGUAUGAUGGGGCCACGGACAGGUCCCUGGUAGACUACACAGAGAUUCAGGUCAAGCUACUGGAGAACCACGUCAAAGUCCUAGAAGAGUUCCUACGCCGGACCCUGAGAGCCACCAAUGCCUGGCUGGAAAGACAUGCCAGGGGCAAUGCAGGGCCCUCCGACAGACAUGUCCAGUGUCCAGUGCAGGGUAUAUGUCUACAGGAGCAAGGCUCUGAAACGGCCCAUGACCAGGGGCCAGAAGAUAAAUACAUUGCAGCCAUACAGAACUGGUUGGGGAACCAUGUUGGCACCGUGAAAAGGUGGCUACAGGAGAACUUUGGAGGUCAAUACCAAGAGAGCCUGAUGUAGGGGUUCCAUACUGUGCCCACAAGGAAGAACUGUGCACCCCCUCCACUGUGAGCAGCAUAUUACCCUGAUCUAUUCAUCAGCCCGGGGGCAGCCACCUGCCCAGGGAGCAAGGACUGGAAAACACUAACACGAAUAAACCUGAACGCCAGGCCUCUGCUCUCUGGCUUCUUCAUUCACCUUUGUUGCACC